CUUUCCUUUGAAGUCCAAUCAACUCUUAAACUUUCUCUGUUUUUCCACUCCCAUUGGGGGUUUCACUUUUCUUUCUUAACGCAUUUUUUUGUUACACCUUUGUCAUAACGCCAAACACCCUCUUCUUCUCACACUCUUUUGCUCAUUCUUUACCUCUCUUCCUCUCUCACUUAGACUCCACUUUCUCUUUUUCUUCAUAUCAUGAACCCUUUUUAUAUGCUUUAAGGUUCUUCUUCUUCAAGUUGAAUUGUGGUUAUUCCAAAAAAAGAGUGAUUUUGUGAUAUGGGUUCUUGUUCUUCUGUUCAUAGAAACUCAUUUUGUUCUAAAACUGUUGAUGAACUUGUGAUUCUUCCAUCACCCAUCAAGGAAAAUCCUAAAAAUGAUAACUUUUUGAUUCAAGAUGUUGCUGUUAAGUCACCUUCUCGAUCAACCACCACCUUCAAUGCUAGCAAAGAUGAAGCAUUUUUUGAUUCCAAGGGUUGGUUAGACUCGGAUUGUGAAGACGAUUUCUACAGUGUCAAUGGUGAUUUUACCCCAUCACGUGGCACCACUCCAUUGCACCACAAUUUUGCAACUUCUAUCAUCAAUAAAACCCCUUCUGAGGAUAUAGUUCCUAAACCAUAUCCAACAGAAAAGAAAAAGAAUUUGUUGGAACUUUUCAGAGAAAGUGUGAGAGAAAACCAGAACAAUGAAGUUGAAAAAACUUCAACCAAUGAACAAAAUCAACUACUUAAACCAACUAUCAUACAUGAUAUUCUUACUACAAAAUCUGCACAAAGUACUCCUUAUAUCUCAGGUGGUAACUCUUCAUGUAGUAGCAUUGAAAGAAACACUAUUAAUGAUGAAAACGAAUCAUCACCAUGCAUAAGAGAACCUGUGCAGUGUUGUCUUCCAAAUUUGGUUUCGUGUCGCAGCUUUAGCGAGAGGAGGAGGAAGGCUAGUCCUGCUAUAGCAGCAAAUGGAAAAGUUUGAAUUUUAGUGAAAUCUAUGUGUAUUUAUAUAAAAACAUGUUGGAAGGUGAAGCUUUCAAUGAAUUGAAUAUGAUAAUGUAUAUCUUUAUGAUGUACUGUAAAGAGCUAUAUAGCUAUAUAAAUUUGAAGAGAUGUUUUUAUGUCAAUAAGCAAUGACAUUUCUGUUUA